AUGGACAAAGAAGUUAACUAUGUCAUUAGAAAUCUACCAUGGAAUUUAGAGCAAGAGAAAUUUCAAGCAUUAAUUGCUACAUCCUAUUCGCCUGACACUGUCAAAAUCAUUGAAUAUAACCAAGGUACAAAGAGCAGUGAUUCAUUUUUAGAGUUUAUGGAUAAUAGACCAUUUGUAAAUAAUAAAGGUAUUGAAGAAUUGGCAAUUGUUGAAAGUGCACCAUUUAAAAUUGAUACAACUCAAGUAAAAAAGAAUAAUAGAAUGGGUACUAUUGAAUCAUCUGGUACUUAUCAAGCUUUCUUAAAACAAUUAGACGCACCAACUGAUUCAGUUCAAAAUUUUAAUGUUCCAAAAGAACAAACUGAAGAAGGUAAUACACCAAUUGUAGAUAUGAUAUUAAAAGGAGAUGGUUCAAAGAAGAAAGGUAAAUCUAAAAAAGAUAAAACAGCAACAGCAGCAGCAGCAGUUUCAACUACAGCAGCAACACCUACAAAGAAAAAGAGGGAAAAUAGAUCUAAAAAAUUAAAAAAGCAACUAAGAUUACAACAACAACAAUUACAACAACAACAACAAAAUGUACCAACUAUGAUUCUUUCAUCUUCAACAGUAGUAUCAUCAAAUAUUUCUCCACCAGUUAUUACUCCAAUUAAUACAAAACAACCAAUAAACAAACAACAAGGUGUUAAUAAUAAAGCUCAACAACCAAAAGAUAAACCACCAAGAGAAAAGAAACCAAAGAAACCAAAGGUACCAAAAAAUAUUAAUGCUCCUACAACAACACCAACAACAACAGGUUCAAACAAUACUACUGCCUCAACUGUAGGUACAACAACAACAACUACAACAACAACUACAACAACUGGUGCACCAUUAAAAGAAAAACCAAUAAGAGAAAAGAGACCACCAAGGGAAAAGAAACCACCCAAAGAAAAAAAGGUUACUACAUCCCUACCCCAACAACAACAACAACAACAACAACAACAACAACAACAACAACAACAACAACAACAACAACAACAACAACAACAACAACAACAACAACAACAACAACAAACAUCACCACAACCAAUUACUUAA